UGGGUUCUGCAGUUCCUUCCACACUUCCCCUGAAGGAUAGCAUGAUGGAAGCUGCAACAGGGUACCCCUCUGUUUUUGUUGUGGAUCCAACACUAAGGGAUGCUCCCUUUGUGCCACCUACACGGAGGAGUCGGAAGAAAUGGCAAGCUGGCCAGCUGUUCCUGGGAUUCCUGGUGCUGCUGAUGCUGAGCGGCUUAGCCAUCCAAGCCUAUCUCCUGAUUUGCUUUCGCAAGGAACUGGAUACAGCAAUGGCACAGGGAACAGCCAAUGUGACUGCUGAAAAAAGUAUACAAGCUCCUCCCAAGCAUCCUAUCAAAAGGCCGUCUGCUCACCUGACACUAGGACCCCGCAGCACUGCAAUUAUAGAUGGAGUCCUGAAGUGGGAACAUCAGAACGGGUUUGCCUUUCUGCAUGACAUGGGCUACAAGGGCGGUUCACUGAUCUGCAACAAGUCUGGGCACUACUAUGUCUACUCAAAACUCAACUUGGUAUAUUUAAGCUGUUCAUCCAAACACCAGAGAAGUUCCCUUUUCACCCACAGCAUUUACAAGAGGACAUCUCGGUAUCCCAAGGAGAUAAUGCUGCUGACCAACUACAUUACGUACUGCAACUGGAAGGACAGCGAACAGUGGUACCGCAAUAGCUUUGUUGCCGGGGUGGUGUAUCUAGAGGAGGAGGAGGAAGUGUUCAUCAAAGUAACGGACAGGGAGCUGUUGUUGUACAAGGAUGACACGAUAUCGUAUUUUGGCACCUUCAUGAUCUAAAGGCUUGAAGGCUGUGCGCAGACUUGAUUUUAGUUGAGCAAUGAGAAGGGCCUCUUCCUCUUACAGCACUGGGGUCACCUCUCAAUGUUGCUUCAGCAGUUUUUCAAAUACAGUGAAGAAGAUGCAGGGGCAAGAGGCCUGCUCAUUUUUUUUUUAGGACGAAAAAGUUGUUUGAUAAACUGUUGGAUGGGGCACAAUGACCAAAAUAAAAAGGGUGAGAAUAUAUUUGGGAGGGAGGCAGGGACAUAGGUGAACUUCUAUUUCUUAAAAGAGCUAGUUGACAUUGCUUUGGCUAAGCUGUCCAUUAGUCACCCACGACAGGCAUCCCAAAUGUAUGCCUGUUUUAGGUAACAGCUGCACUUCUUCUGGGGGGGGCUCAUUCUUGUUUUUUCACACAUUAUAAUCUGAAGUGCUGUAAAAUCCGACAAAGUCAGUUUGACUGGGAGUCACGGUGGACGCAGAAAAUGAGAAGACAACUUAUCGCCUCAUAGCCUCUGAAAAGCUGCUGUAUGUACAGGGACUUAGGGCCUUUCCCCACUUGCACCUACCCACAGCAUAAACAUGCCCUGGCAAUCUCUGGGUUCUGCCAUGUCCCCAUGAAGUUGCCUUCAUCUUGUCCCCAGCAGCCCAGCACUGAGGCAGCCUUGGAAUAAUAUUUUCUCCUCUUAUCUUCACCCUCUCCAAGUGCAGCCUCAGGGUGUGUAAACUCUGUUAGGUUUUGUCACCUUGGAGUAAUGUCAGGGGACUAGCUGUGACUGGGAGCAAAAGCAAUAGAGGCAGGACAGGGAUCAGCAAUGAGUAGAGACAAGUUCCAGCAGAAGGGGUUUUUUGCCACUCAAGGAUGUGUGGACAGCACUUCAGCUCAGCAGUAGGGAGAGGCCCUAAACUCAUGAUGAAGAUUUUGAAUUUUUACUCCUGUGUCACUUCAUCCUGCAUGGUCUACCCAGCACAAUCCAGAAUGCCGUUCUAUAGUUACACUGACACAGCAAUUGUUGAACCAAGGAGCUUCCUGUGCUGGAGACUGUUGCUAUCAUUGCAGUGAAAUGUCAAAUGUAAGCUAAGCUUGAAUGACUGGCAGCCUUCUGGCUAUGACAUGGGACCUAUAGUCAGCAAUAAAGUCAUUCCUUUGUGAUCAGCUUUGGAGCCCAGAAAGCUGCCUAUUUAGUACUUGGAUGGACACGGCCACUUUGAGCCCUUAUUUAUUCUCAGAUGCUUCUCCCUCAUCUCCUACCCAAGAACCUUGGAAAGGAUUAUAUUAGCCAUUCUCUUCUAUGAGUGCCUAGCUGUUUUUCCUUCUGCACAGCUCCUGCAUUAACAUAGAAAUGUAGAUAGAAUUAUAUUGGACCACGUGAUGACGUCACAAAUGCCCAAAUAGGCCAGCAUUUCCUGGAUUAGUCACCCAAUCAGGAAUUAUGUACUAAACAGGCAACUUCUCCCAAACCAUGUGACCAAUCAGAUUUGGUUACAUGAUCUCCCUUAAGAAAAAGAGGACUAUCUAAAUGAAAGAGAAGCAUUCAAACGGGGAGGUGUGAUAUUCCUGGAAAGAUGUGUCGAUAGCUGCCUUAAUGAUGAAGAUACAACUAAAAGUAAAACAUCUCUAACCAAAAUGAUCUAUUUUCUCUUGUGCUCAGAGAAUUCAUUCAGCCCUUCAUUAAAUGAGAAGGAAAUGGAUUAAUUACCAGUCCUGAUAUUGAAUGGGAUCAUUAUACAUUGGUGGAAACCAGUGCCACAGAGAAGGGCUCUAAACAAUUGUAAUGGAGCAGCUAUGUAUGUGAUAAAUCAAAAGAAAAUCCCAAAGAUUAGUGUGUUAUUAUUCAAAUAUAUUGUUUGUGGGACUGCUCUUAAAAAGGAUUUGAAAACUGUAGCUAUGAUAAAAUAUGGCAGCCAGUGAUAUAUUCACGCCACACUGCAUCUUGUUUAAGUUACACUGGUUUCCAGAUUAUUUCCCAACACAUUUUAAAGUUCUUGGAUCACCUUUAAAGUUUUCAUCAGUUAGAUCAGUGUUUCUCAGCCUGGCUGGCUGGGGAAUUCUGAGAGUUGAAGUCCACAUAUCUUCAAGUUGCCAAGGUUGAAAAACACUGGUUUAGAUGGAGGCCUUGCUCUUCGCCCCUCGGCCCAUAGGCUAGCAGGCAGCAGGAGGGUCAAAAAAGUCAGAACAGUGCCCGCAACUGCGAAUUGACAUCCCAACCUUUUUUUUAAUCUGUGUUGCACAUAAAAUGGGUCAGGACUUUGACCAUGCAAUUGCAGCACAAUCUUUUUUUUUUUAACCUCUUCCGCAGACACUCAAAAUAAUCUCACUAGCAGAACCAAGCCCUGGAAUGUUUAGUUGGCUUGCCCUCUUUCAGUCUCAAGGGGCUGAUCAAAGCCUCUUAUUUUGCCAGGCUUUUUGGAAAGUUAGCUUGGUAUCCUGCUGCUAUAGUUGGUUGACUAAUACUCUGUUCGUCCCUGUUCUUUUGCGUUUGAUUGUGGCAUUGCUAUGAUUUGAUUCUUUAGGCUUUUCAUCUAUAUAAUAAGUGGCCUUGUUUCUUGUUUUUG